AUGAGAGCAGUGGCAGUUUUGGUGCCAUUGCUUAUCGCCGAAAGCCUGGGCACGCGCCACGUCUUGGACGGCUCCAGCCUCAUCCAGUCUGGCUUCCGCACGGAGCUCGCGCCGCGGGGGGCCCCUGACGUUGCCCGGCCGAUCGGGGCGAACGCGAGCAGCACAGCGGAUGCCCCCGCGCCUGCCGCCCUGGGUUGGCUGGGCGGCAUGCUGGCAAGGUUCACCGCGAGCACUGGCCUGGAUCUGGGCGAGGCGUGGAGGCGGGCUGGACCGCGGGCGGAGCUGAGGCCACCCGUGGGCCGUCCACGGCGCACGCCGCCGAAGGACCCCAAGAUGACCGCGCACUCGUGGGUCGUGCUUGCCACCAUGCUGACGUGCCUCACCGUGCUCUUCCUGGAGCUGUUUCCGCCCUACCUGGUCCUGCUGACUGGCCUGUGCGUGGUCUGGUGCGCCGGCGUCAUCACGACGAGGGACGCGAUUCGGGGCUUCAGCAACGACGCCCUCGUCACCGUCGGGGCGCUGCUCAUCGUGGUCAAGGGCGUGGACAGAGCAAGGGUCAUCGACAGCACCGCGUCGCAGUGCCUCGGCGAGAACUCCUCGGAGCGGAUGGCCCUGCUCCGUUUCUGCGGCGUCGUGUUCCUGUUCGGCGGGGUCAUGAACAACACGCCCCUCGUGGCGCUGCUGAUGCCGGUCAUCAGGGACUGGUGCCGUGAGAGGGGGUUUGCCCCGUCGAAGUUCCUCAUGCCCUUGGCGUUCGCCUCCAUGGGCGGCGGGCAGAUGACGAUCGUCGGCUCGUCCACGAAUCUGAUGGUGGCAGGCAUGCUGGAGGAGGAGACGGGCGAGACGUUCACGUUCUUCGACCCAGCCAGGGUGGGUGCCAUCGUCAACGUGUUCGCCAUGGGCUACCUCGUCCUCGUCGGCGUGCGCAUGCUGCCCGAGGGGGGUGGGCUCUUCAAGACGCUGAAGGAGAAGAAGGACGACAUGGUGACGCAGGUCCAGGUGCUCCCGCACUGCCCCCUCGUCGGCACGGACCUCAGCGAAGCGAUGGAGCAGCUGCGGGUCCCCCGGGAGGCCGUGCUGAAGAUCUUCCGCCAGCCUCCGCGGCGGAAGCUCAGCAAGCUCCCCGAGGGCGGCCCGCGGCGCACCUCGCCCGCCGGGGACCCGGAGAGAGGCGGCGCCGCGUUCCGGAAGGUGUCCUUCCACGGCGCGGACGAG